AUGUCCGAAACUCAAGUGGUGAACUUGAUCCCCUCCCUGCGCCAAGCAGGGCUGUUUCCUAGCUCCGCACCCCUCAUCCCAGAGGACUUUACCCCGACAACAGAACUUCAGGUCACAUUUGGCGAGAAAUCAGUUUCUCUAGGAAAUCUGUUCAGAGUCAGUGAUUGCAAAUCCGCUCCGAAGAUAUCAUUUGCGGCCGAGAGGGACCUUAAAUCUCCACAGACAUAUACCUUGCUCUUGAUCGACCCAGAUGCACCGACCCCAGAUGACCCCAAAUUCGCAUACUGGCGACAUUGGGUCGUUUCCGGACUACAACCGUCAGGGGCACCUGAAACUGUUCAGACAUUAACAGAGUAUCUAGGUCCUGGACCUAAAGAUGACUCGCGACCACAUCGGUACUUAUUUCUGCUGUUCCGCGAGCCACACAGCCUAUCACUCUCAAAGGAAGAUGUCGGGGGUGAAGAGUUUACGGCUCGAAGGUCGUUUAAAGCUGCUGAGUGGGUGCAGCAGCAUGGACUGGAGCUCGUUGCUGUGAACUGGAUGCUAGGUGCUGGGGAUGGUUGGCAUGAGUGA